ACAUAAAUGGUAGACCUAGUGUGCUCAUAUUCUCCGUGCAAGGCAGUUGUGGGAACUGCAAUUGUGGAAGUCUGGGCUCACUCCGGAACACGUAGUGCUAAAAAUUAACUACCAACAAGUUCACAAAAUGGGAACUUUCACAAAAAUCCUAUUAGCUAGUAUAUGUGUUGCUUUCCUAGCUGUCAAGUGGACUGCACCCACUUUUGAUGCAGAAUCUCUCAGAGGUGCCAGGGUGUUGGUGACUGGGGCCAGUACGGGUAUUGGUGAACAAAUGGCAUAUCACUACGCCCGCUUUGGUGCCCAGAUAGUAAUUACAGCAAGGAGGGAGAAAGUGUUACAGCAGGUAGCAGAAAAGUGCCUGAGUUUGGGAGCCCAGAAAGCUCUCUACAUAGCAGCAGACAUGGCCAGUGAGUCAGAUCCCGACAAAGUCGUAGAUUUUGCUCUGGAAAAACUCGGAGGGUUGGAUUACUUGGUUCUGAAUCACAUUGGACCGAGCCCCUUCAGCAUGUGGGAGGGAGAUGUAGAGCACACCAAGUGGCUGAUGAAGGUCAAUUUCUUCAGCUACAUUCAGAUGGCUUGGAAAGCUUUGGCCUCCCUUGAACAAAGCAAAGGAUCACUGGUGGUUGUUUCAUCGCUUUUAGGUAAAAUGCCCAGUCCCUUCGUGGCACCGUAUACCUCAACAAAAUUUGCCUUGAAUGGUUUUUUCGGGGCCCUUCAGCAUGAGCUGGCGAUGAAGAAGAGCAAUGUGACCAUCUCUAUAUGUACACUGGGGCUCAUUGAUACUGAAUCAGCUAUGGAGAAAGUCAGUGGAGUCACAAGUGUACCAGCCUACCCUGCCACAGAUGCAGCCUUGAACAUCAUCAUAACAGGAGCUACGAGACAGCUGGAGCUCUUCUACCCUUGGUUCACCCACAUUUUGACUGUGAGCAAAGACUGGUUCCCUUCCAUCACAAACUAUGUCAUCCAGAACUCCUACAAUUACAACCCAUGAAAAAGAUUAAUUCUGUAAUUGAUAUAUUCCAUUACACAAAUUUAGACGUAAAGGUGCAUUAUACGACAUUCAGAACAUUAAAAUAGCAGCCAACAACUAUUUGCUAUGUAAAAGAUAUAUUGGAGUGAUGGCGUCCUGAGCAGAGAAUGAAGGCACACUCCGUGUGUGAAUGUUGGUAGCUGGGCCGGCUCAGGGUCCAUGUGAGUGCAUGUUAGUCCUUCUCUUUGAAACUGUUGGCCCUCUCCAUCCUCCCUCCCUUCGUGUUCAGGUCCCACUGGUUCGCUGCUGCUCUGCGCUGCACUGCCCACUAGCCAGGCGUGCACAGGAGAGCAGUGCUUAUAUGGCGGUGCUCAUACAGCGGUAACCCCUGAUAACACGAUCCGUACCCACAUUGGCUGGACAGCGCCAUUGCCAUUAACACCGUGCAGCACUGUUAGCCGCCGCCAUUUAGACUCAACCACCAAGUACACAUGUAGCAGAGUCGCCUCCAUGUGUGCUUGUGACGUCAGAGGUGAGAGCCGUUUGCAGGCAAUCAAUCCCGGCCCAGACUCUGAAUGUUGCAUAGAGCACCUUUAAUAUUCUAAUACAACCAGACGUUCUGUCCCAAACUUUCCAGGUAGAAAAUAAUGUUCCGAACAGCCAAAUGGUUCAGGUUACAAUAUGUUAAAAUAAAAACUAAUUAAUAGAAAA